UCUUCACAGUCUCUGCUGAGCUGCGGAGGAGGCUGGAAGUGUCCGCAUUGUUCUCUUUCUCCUUCCCCCGACAGUAACACAUCAAACUUAAGAGAUGGCAGUAAUGGAAAUAGCUUGCCAGGACGAUACAGAACCAGCCACUGGAUCUCCAAAGGAUCUUCUAAUGGGCAAAGGGCCAGAAGAGGUAGCGACUGAAAAGAAAAGCAGCGUUUGCAAAGUAGAGGAACCAGAUAAAAAGAUGUUCCAUGGACCGUGGAAGAUCCUGAAUGAUGUGAUUGCUAAAGGAACUGCCAAGGAAGACAGCGGAGAAGGGAGCUUAGCCUCAAUCUCCAUCAUUGCCCAGGCAGAAUGUGAGAUAAGCCAGGAGUUCAGUCCAACCUAUUCAGAGAGGCCUUUUAUUGCUGACACAAAACGAUAUGGCCGGUCUUGCAGCCUUGAUCAAAUCCCCAAUAAUGUGGCUCAUGCAACUGAAGGAAAAAUGGCUCCAGUCCACUGGAAAGCCUUGCAUCGUGGCAAAUCCCGGAAGAAACGGCGAAAGAGAAAGUCCUCCCUUGAAACACCAGAAAGAGUGGCCACCCUAAUUCGAAAGCCAAGGACUCCAGAGCAGGAGAGCUGUGUACCUAUACCUGUGCAGGAAGAUGACUCUCAUUUGGGCACCCUCUUCAAUAUCACUUCAUGGCAUUCAGAAUUGUGUAAGGAUUUGAGUUCUGAUUUCAGUUCCUUUGAGAAACCCAGCCAAGUUUUAUCUGCUAGCAAGUUGCACAUGUUAAAGAACCAAGCAAAGCUAGAGUUACACAAGCUGAUCAGCCCUGCUCAGUGCUUGAGUCAUGUUUGGAAAUCCUAUACUCAGGACAAUUUUGGCUCUCAAUCAGAGACUGUGCAUCCCUCUCCUUCAAGCAAAUUUCCUCCUUAUUUGUACGGCUGUGGCUAUUUGCUUCCUGCUUUGAAUCUUGGCCCUCUGAAGACUUAUCUUUUUGAUGAUCUUUCAAAUGUAGAUGGUGAAUGUCACCUUUCAGACUUGAAUCUGGCACAUAGCUUUUCCAAAUGUAGUCAUCAGUCUGCAAAAAACACUUCAGACACUCUUUCAAUGGAUGAAUUUCUGGUGGAUGCAUUGAAGGGAAAUGUUAUUCUUGGAGAACCAAGAAACUUAGCUUGUUUAGCCAAGACUUGGAAAGGAGAUGGAUCAAGUUCAAAAGCGUGCCUUCAGGAGAUUAAUGAAAAUGAAGGAGUGUUACUUACAGAGAAACUCAAAGCAGUCGAUUAUGAGUACCGCGAAGAGGUUCACUGGACCAAAUGUCAGGGUUUGCUGGGCACGGGCUCUUUCGGAGAAGUGUACAAAAUGGAGGACAAGCAGACCGGCUUUCAGUGUGCAGCCAAAAAGGUGCAAGUCGAACACUUCCGUGCAGAAGAGCUGACAACAUGUGCUGGAGUGACACAUGCUAAAGUCCUCCCGCUAUAUGGAGCAGUGAAAGAAGGCCUGUGGGUUACUAUCUUUAUGAAGCUGAUGGAAGGUGGAUCACUGGGCCAGCUACUUAAGCAGUGUGGAUACCUACCUGAGGACAGAGCUCUUGAUUAUCUCAGCCAAACGCUGGAGGCCUUGGAAUACCUUCAUGCCCACAAUGUUCUGCAUGGAGACGUAAAAGCUGACAAUGUCCUUUUAUCUGGUGAUAGAAGCCAUGCUGUUCUCUGUGAUUUUGGUCAUGCAGCUCAACUUCAUCCAGAUGGCAUAAGGAACUGUUUAACGACAGGGGAUUAUGUUCCUGGCACUGAGACCCACCUGGCUCCUGAAAUAGUAAUGGGGAAGCACUGUGAUUUCAAGGUAGACGUCUGGAGCAGUUGCUGUAUGAUGCUGCAUCUACUGAAUGGUUAUCACCCUUGGACCCAGUACUAUAAUCAUCCUCUGUGCCUCAAAAUAGCCAAAGAACCACCCCCCCUGAGAGAAAUCCCCCCCUCCUGUCACCCAUCCACUGUUCAGGUCAUUACAUCUGGGCUUGAGAAAGAGCCUACGAAACGGGCCUCUGCAGCAGAGCUAAGGAUGAAAACCUGCAAAGCACUUAAGCAAGUGGGAGGCCUGAAGAGUUCCUGGAGUGGUGAAUACAGAGAACCCAGAUGCCUGCAGUUGACGCAGAAAACUAGUCUCCCAGAAUUACUGUUGCCCAUACCUGAGCCCCCGGGUAGCCCAAAGCUGUUGUCUAGAAGCCCUAGCCCUCCAUUGCCAUGUCAGGAUCUGACUGCAAGAAAACAGUUAAUUCACCCAGACAUGUGCAAGGAAUUACUGCUAUCAUGUGACUCUCUUCUACCCUCCUUCCUGACUCCUCCCAGCACUAGGAAAGGCAGUAUGACAGAAUGGAGGACCCCCAGCAUUGACCACGACCUUCAGCAGCUGGAGUUUGAUCUAAUUCUGAACAGCCUGUCACAGCCCUUUUCACUGGAGGAACAGGAACAAAUGCUGUCAUGCUUCAGCUUGGAUAGCUUCCUCCCAUCAGAUGCUAGUGAGAAGAGCUCAUUGAAGUUGUCCCACAGUCUGAAGGACACCAUGAGUUCUGGUGUGCACUCCUGGAACAGCCAAGCAGAUGGGCAGAGCACCAGCUGGAACAGCUGGCUGCAUCGUAGCAGGAACACAGAUAUGCCCACUUACGUUAACGGGGUGAAAAUUGAGAUUUGCUUGCUUAGUGGGGAAAGCCUCCACAUCAGAGAAUUCCGUGGGGCCAAGGUGGGAGAUGUGGCCACUGGAAUCAGCAGCCAGAUACCAGCCCCUGCAUUCAGCUUCUUCACAAAAGAAGGUGAUCCUGUUCGUUGUGAUAUGGAGAUCCCUGAUUCAGGCAUUGAGCUUCAGUGCACUUUGGCGCCUGAUUGCAGUUCUGGCUGGAAGUGGAGAGUCAAACAUGGUCAGUUAGAGAAGAGGCUAUAAGGUCUUUUUCCUCUCCACAUCUUAUAUUGUGACCCUUGAAGCAACCGUGACUUUGCAAACAGAUCAGUGCAGAGUGUUGUUGGUGGCACCUGGCUGCUAAAGGAGAUUAUAAGUUCCUUAUCUGCUUCUUUGCCACCUCCAGUGCCUGUGGAAGAUGUUGUGGAAUGAACUUCUGUGUUGGGCUGCAUUUAACAAAAUCGACUCCAAAAACUUGGAGGAACAUAAGCUGCUGUGUUUUAGGCAGAUAACUCCUUCCUUAAUCACACUAUCAAGGACUAUCCUGACGGAAUGAUUUUUUCUCUCACCCUAACCUGUCUUUUUUUCACUCUGAGCACAGAAUACUGUUCUUGAACUCCUUGGAGGAAUGUAUGACCUCCAAAUACAAUAGUCAGUGCGUAAUGAGUACAUAACCAGGGUAUCUCUGCAGAAGCAGUAACUUUAUCACUUGCACUGAAACUCAACUAUAUUACUUCAUUUUCUUCACUGUACAGUUUACUGAGUUAAAAUUACAUGUUUAUCAGGAUAACUUUUAUCUACCAGUCUGAAUACAAAUAAUCUUUUUGUACAAUAUUAAAUAGAUCGUAGUUUUCAAGUGAGCAUUAAAUUUUUUCUUUUGAUUUUUUAAAAUCCUAAAUCAGAGAGAACUACAUCAGUCUAUUACUAUGUAUGACAUAGAAGUAAGCCUUAUGAAUGCACCAGGGCUUACUCCAUAGAGAUCAGAUUCCAUCUAUGCCAAGGAUAGUUUGAAGCAAAAAUCUAAACUUGAGAUAGAUUAGGCAAGUCCUGGUGGUAGUGUUGUUGUUGUUUUUUAUUACGCAUGCGUGUUUUUACUUGACCAGAUUGAUUUUUUUAAUACGCUUUUGAAGGUUUUGGAAAACUUUAUUUUGUGUGAAGAGCUCUGGUCAAGUAAAUGAAUGUCAUUAGACUAGGGGUGUAAGAGGAAGAAAAUAGAUGGUAUAUAUACAUCCUCUUCUCUUGAUAGGUGCAAAGAUAUCUUGUUCACAAAGCCCCAUGUGGUGUCUCCUGAGCUGUGUCUGGAGUGUAUUCGUCCACAAUUGUCUUUGGUUGAACUUUGAAAUUAUGUAGAGAAGAAGAAAAGCCCAAUUGACAAAAAAGGGGGAAUCUAAAAUCUUGCCUGAUGGUUAUCCCUCUCUCCCCAAGGAAGAGAAGAUUUGGGUUGGAGGGCAGCAGACCAGCCCAUAUUUUUGGUGCCUAAUAUCCAAAUAAAUUUUCAAGAUGUUCUAUUUCCUCUUCCAAACACGCAUACUUUUUUACCAAGGCAAACAGCCACUCUAGAGGGCAGUAUCUUUUCAGUCCAUCUUUUCAGAUGUAAUUGCUAGGCAGCUGGAGGGAAUGUGUAAAUGACAAAACUUGGCAAUUUUGGCGGUUGUAAACCCUGUAGUCUUUCUCCUUGUAGAAGUCUCAUCUCAUGUCAGAGUUAAUCAAUGUCUUCAUUUCUGGCUUGACAUGACUAUUGGGUAAUAAAAUUUGUCUCAUCUUACUUUCACUGGCUUCUGAAUCUACUGUAAUUCUAAACAGGUAGAUUAUUUUCUAGAAGCUUGAAGCUGUGCCUUAAUAAUAGGUUGUUUCUGAAUCUCCAAGAGGUUUUUGUAAUCUGGUCUAUUAGAAAGUGUGCUGCUGCAUUUGAAACCUUGCUUGGAUAUCCUGCUUAUUUGAUCAUAGCUGUGCUCUAAGAGGCAAUAUCUUCCCAGCUGGUACGACAGACAGUUCAAAUAGGCCAUUGCGUGUUUAGGGCUGUAUAUGACUUCAGUUGUCUGAAGUUCAGAUAGCUGUUGUGGUCCCUAUUUAACUCUUUGCAAAAUUAAAUGCUACUCAGAAUUGGACCCAUUAUUCUUGCAAUUCAGUAACGUAAUGAACUGACGGAGUUUGUGGAUUUAGAAAACUGCCACAACAGUUGGGGCAGGCUGCUGGUUAAAAAAUCCGCUCAAGCCUAGAUGAAAGGCUAGAUGAAAAGGGCAAGCAGCCUCCGAUUUUGCCAAUGGGAACUUGAAUUUACUGUUGUUUGGGACUGCAGCCUGUAGAAUCGUUUUGUAUUGUAAUCUCUCAAUAGCUGGUAGAGUUCAUGUCAGAGAGAAAGAUUAGUCAUUCUAAUAUAUGCGGACAGACGGGCACAUUUCAUUCCUUGCUGUCUCCUAGCUUCAAAUUGGAGCUGAAGGAAUAAUUUCAAAAAAUGUUCAGGUAGGGGGAAGAGACUGGCCGCAGAGCCCACCACAGCUGUCAGCCUACAUCCUAACUGGACACAUGCCAUUUUAAAGUAGAAGUGGCUCUCUGGAGGUUGUACAGCUUGGAAAAGGGCAAGCAGCCUCCGAUUUUGCCAAUGGGAACUUGAAUUUACUGUUGUUUGGGACUGCAGCCUGUAGAAUCGUUGUGCUUAUCCAUUCUGUUCAUGGAGAGGAAACAGCUCCUAAUCACAAAUAAAUUUCUCUGUGAGUAGUUUCCUUCCUAAUAACAGUAACUAGGCGAGAAGCCCAUGGAAAUCUUGACUCUUCCAAGCACCUUUCUUGAUCUGCAAGAAUGGCUUUCCCAUAGUGUUGAUUCAGUCAAAAGAAAAAAAAAAAGUUAUAUUUUAGCAGUGGGAGGUAUCUGUAUGCAUCAGGGAGUAAGCUACUUUCACAUUUUGAAAAAUCUGAAAGUUUAUCUUGAUAUCCCAGGUAUCUGUGGUUGUAACCCAGGGCUUCUUGCCUCUUCAGUUCUUAAUCCAUUAACCUACUUGCAGGAUAUUGUUUCCUGCAAAGGAAGUAGCAGACUCAAAUCAGGGAAUGGAAAUCUAGCUUAAGAUAUGGAAAAGCACAAUUUUGGGAGGUGGGGAGGUUCAUUCAUUUACUUCAUGCGUGCUUUCUCCAUUUGUUUUGUUCUUUGGUUUACAGAUAUAUGUUAUUUUGUCAGGUUUGCAUUGUGGUGAGGUAAUGACAGUGAGUAUACCAGCUGAGCUCAGAGAUCAUGUGAUGCCCCGGUGUAUGUCAUUUUUUUAGUGUGGUAUAUGUCUACUCUGUGCAGCUUCAUGACAGAGUCAAGCCAUAAUGGCAUAUUGAACAAAUGAUGAAAACAAUUCUGGCCUAGCGUUUAGGCUCAUAUGUGAACUGAGCCAUUUUUUUACUUGGUUGUGGGGGAGAUCUUGGGCUAAAAUAUUCACAGGGAGCCUUCUGUAUGGAGAUUUUAUGAACUAUCUUGUUUUCAGUGUUCAAACUGUUAAAUAACUAAUUUGCUUGCAGUAAUGAGCUUAGAAGUCUGCAUAUUUUUUUCAAUGUAGAAAUUAUAUGUUUUGAAAAAGCCAACAGAUGGAAUGCUAGAAAGCCACAGCAUUACAACCUAUUAUCUCAGAUACUUUACCCUCUAGCUCCAGUUCAGGAAAUGCCACAAAGCUUUUUUAAAAAAUGAACAGAAUUAAAUAAUUAUUUGGAACAGCUCUCUAGAUUGGGGUUGCUUUUGCCAAAACCAGUGUAAUAACCACAGUGGCCUAAAGAUGCUUCCAAACUGGGUUCUUAAUGCUGUCAAUUAAACGUGUUCAUUUGGCCGUUUUCUACUUAAAAUAUAUUUUAACGGGGGGGGGGAGAGGAAAAGUAAGAAAAUGCAGAUAGGUUUCAAAUGAAAAUCACUGAUUGUGCUCACAUGAUGCACACUGAACCACAAACUUGCUAGCCAUAUUUAGUUUAGCGUGUUCUGAAGAUCUGCACUGUAUUAGCUUAUACUUCAGUGUGAUGUUUCAGUCAAGAAAAGUAAAUUUUAUUAACUAUGGAUACGCACGUCAUACAAGCACAAUAUAUGUUGUCUGUGAUUCUGUGAAGUUAAGAAUGACUGAUAUUACUUUUUAACUGUCAAUGAAGUUCUAAAGCAGGAAGGCCAAAUGCACCUUUUUCAAUCAAGGAAAUUAAAUUAAAUCAAAUCCCAGUGCCUUUAGCUCAUA